AUGGUACAAGAAAGCAUUAUUUCCUCUUUUCGUGCCAAACUUGAAAACGAUCCAAGCAAAUCAACCAGUUUAGCAACCGUCGAAACACUUAUGGAAGUUUUGGAUCGGAGCCGAGCCACAACGGUUGCCGAGUUUCAAAACGAACUGAAGCAGGUGGUUGCCGCACUCGAGAAGACCGAUUACAGCUCAACAUCGAUUCGGAGCGCAGCUGAUUUAUUCACUAGAUUCACUUCUUUAGCUCCGGCCGCUCUUUUGGAUCAAGAAGAUUUUUCUCAAGUUCUGGAUCUGUAUCGUCAGCGAGCACGAUCUUUCAUCAAGAAUGUUCGUGGCUCGAGAGCGAAAAUCUCAAAGUGUGCUCGGCUUUUCUUCACACAUCACAUGAAUAUUCUUACACACUCCUACAGUAAAGUAGUCCUCGAAACAAUUCUUGAUGCUCAUAAAAGUGGAUAUCAUCUGAAUAUAUGGGUCACUGAAUCACAACCAGAUGCAUCGGGAAAGUUGAUGCUAGGGGAACUGAAGAAAAAUGGAGUUCCUGCAACUCUUGUAUUAGAUAGUUGUGUCGGAUAUAUCAUGGAAAGAAUUCAAGCAGUUUUAGUUGGUGCCGAAGGAGUUAUGGAAACUGGUGGAAUCGUGAACAAGAUCGGAACUGUCAACGUCUGUGUGAUUGCAAAAUCUCGACAUGUUCCAGUUUACGUCUGCGCUGAAACAAUCAAAUUCGUUCGAGAGUUCCCUUUGAAUCAAGCUGACAUUCCAAAAGAAUUCAAGUACCGCACAUCUGUAAUUGCAAAAGACCAGCUAGAAUCAGAGCAUCCAGAUGUUGAUUACACCGCUCCCGAGUUCUUAACGCUCAUUAUCACGGAUGUAGGAGCCAUGAAACCAGAAGCUGUGGGAGAAGAGCUCAUCAAAAUGUAUAUUUAA